UUGUAGAUACAUUGAUCAUUUUCUCAAACCCAUCGUUGAAUCCCUACCUUCCUACCUACGAGACACAACGGACAUUCUGAGACGAUUAGAUGGCAUCCAAUUGGAUCAAGAUGCCCUUCUGGUAACGUGUGACGUUGAAGCUUUAUAUACGUCCAUUCGCCAUGCAGACGGUCUUGAAGCAGUGGAGAAGUUCCUUUUGAUGACUGACUUCGAACCAGAAACUUGUGAGUUUAUUUUAAACUUAUUGAGAUUUGCUCUUACGCACAACUUCUUCUUAUUUGGGGACCUCCUCUACCUACAAAUCCAGGGAACUGCUAUGGGGGCGGCUUGUGCGCCCUCAUAUGCAAAUUGUUUCCUUGGAUUGUGGGAGAGGAGGAUAUUCAUGCUUGAACCCCCUGCACUCAUUGAAAAGGUGUCGCUAUGGGGCAGAUUUAUUGAUGAUAUUCUGUUUGUCUGGCAUGGGUCCAUUGACGAGCUAGGAUCAUUCAUGGAUCAACUCAACAAUAACAACUAUAACAUUAAACUUACAUAUAAAUAUGGACGUACAAAUAUGGAGUUUUUGGAUGUACUAUUCAACAUCGAAUCAGAUGGAUACAUAUCAUCAAAUGUAUAUCGUAAAAAGACCUCCACAAACUCCCUUCUACACGCGACAUCUUCUCAUCCAAAACCUCUCAUCUCCAACAUCCCUGUAGGUCAAUUCCUCAGGAUGAAGCGCAUUUGUUCAUCGGACACAUUCUUUGAAGAACAGGCUAAGGACCUCACAAAUCGAUUCAAAGAAAGAGGAUAUAGGCAGCAGGAUAUAUCAAAAGCAUAUUCAAGAGCAAAGAAUACCCCCAGGAACAAUCUGUUGAUGCAACCCAAGCAGAAAAAUCCGGAUAACCAGGGAGCUACGGAGAAGAGUAAGGGAACAUGUUCUGAGCAUCGAAGCAGCCAAGAAUGAACAGGAUGCCACUAAACUCAAGACAUUGGCUAGGCACUUUAAAGAGCAUCAUGCAUGCAACGGACAUUUACUGAAGGUACCUGGCAUAUCUGCGGAUUCUGAGCUCAGCACGGGACUAUAUGCACCGACUCAACACCACAUUGUGAUUUUGUAUUAUUAUAAAUAUUUUUGUAACACACCUUAUCAUUCACCUAUUCAUUUUACACAUAAUUAAUGUAUAAGUACACUCAACAUGGAUACACCUACAUGCAUAUAUUUGCAUAUGCACACAUGCACUUUAUUCAUUAUAUAUUUAUGUGUCAUUUUUUACAAAUUUAUUCCUCAUUAAGUGAUACCAUUUACAUUUGACUCUGUUUUUAUUAUGUUUCACUCUCUCACGAGCAUGAUCACUUUAU